AAUGCAAUCCAGCUUGCGGGGGAAAUGCUCAUUGUGAAUAUGAUUCAUCAGAUUUUAAAUGUGUUUGUGAUCCUGGAAUGUCUGGAAAUCCUUAUCAAGGCUGCGGGAUUCAAAAAGAAUCAGAAUGCUCAAAGUCUUUAUGUGGUACAAAUGCUCAUUGCCAAGCAGGUCUUAAUGCCAUUGAGUGUCUUUGUGCUUCUGGUUACGCUGGAAAUCCAUACGUACAGUGCUAUGAUGUUAAUGAGUGCAAUGGAAAUGCUUGUGGAAUAAAUGCAGUUUGCAUUAAUACAAUCGGAAGUUAUGAUUGUCGCUGUAAAGACAACUUUUUCGGCAAUCCAUUCAUUGAAUGUUCGGGACUAAAAUCAGGUCCUUGUGUCGAUGCUCAAUCUUGUCAGUGUAGCCAUGAAGUUGUUUGUCCUUUGGAUUAUACUUGUGUCAGCGGAAAAUGUAUCAACAAGUGUGCAAACGUCAAAUGUGGACCUCGUGCUGUUUGCCAAGAUGGAAGCUGCAUAUGUCCAUCAGGAUAUUCUGGAAAUCCAAAUGAUGGAAAUGGCUGUCACUUAUUUGGUCAUUGUUUGAAUGAUUUAGAAUGUCAACCUCAAGAAAUAUGUUUUCAAGUUGGCAAGGGUAUUCGAAAAUGUGUUGACGCAUGCAGUAAAUUACAAUGUGGACCCAAUGCAAUUUGCAUUACCGAAAAUCAUAUUUCAUCAUGCUUAUGUCUCGAUGGGUAUUUAGGAAAUCCAUCUAAUUUAAUUACUGGUUGCCAGCCGGAAAGAUCCGACUAUUCAGGUUGUACUUAUGAUGCCGAAUGUUCAAAAGAUCAUUACUGCAUUCUCGAAAACGAAAUUCGUCAAUGCGUUAAUCCCUGCAGUCGAAUGACCUGUGGCGCACAUCAAAAUUGCAUUGGAGAUUCAACUGGUCAUUCUUGUCAUUGUUUAGAUGGAUAUGAAAUGAAUCCUGUGACAUCAAGUUGCGAAAAACCCGCAGUACCAGAUUGUAUCAACGAUAAAGAUUGUCAAAUCACCGAAGCAUGUCGUCCUGAUUCGUUAGGAGUUUUGAAAUGUAUCCAAGUUUGUAGCAGUCUAACUUGUGCACCAAACUCGCAAUGUGUAGCUAAAAAUCAUCAAGGAAAUUGUGAAUGUCUUCUAGGAUUUACUGGAAAUCCUAAUGAUCGGAAAGGAUGUCAACCUUCUCGGCAAAAUCGUUGCUCAACAGAUUCAGAAUGUUCCGAGGAUCAUACUUGUCGGUCAAAUGGCCAAGACGGAUUAUUACUAUGUUUGCCGGUUUGUGAUUUUAUUUCAUGUGGACCAAAUGCUCUUUGUGUUGUAAAUAAUCAUGAAGCAAACUGUGAAUGUCCAGUUGGUUUGUAUGCUGGAGAUCCAAGCGAUUCAGCAAAAGGAUGUAAGCCUGUUCCUUGUGUUUAUAAUAUUGACUGUCCAUCUAAUCAACUUUGCAAUAGAUUAACACACACUUGUCAUAAUGUUUGCGAUGAAAACUCAUGUGGAAUAAAUGCAGUUUGUAUUGGUGAUGAUCAUCGAGCAAUAUGUCAAUGCCCUCCAGGAUUUAAACCUAAUCCAGUCGCUGAUGUUGAAUGUGCCGCUGUCGAAUCUUGCAAUCCAAAUCCUUGUCAUCCAACUGCAGUUUGCAUUGUUGGUGCUAAAGAUUCACCAGUUUGUCAAUGUCAAUUGGGAACAGUUGGUGAUCCCUAUGAAGCAGGCUGCAUUCCAGAAGGUUCAUGUUUGUCAACAAAAGACUGUCCGGAAAAUUCAAUUUGUCAAAAUCAUCGAUGUUUUAACCCCUGUGAAAAUACUUGUGGAAAAAAUUCCUUUUGUCAAAUUGUCAGUGGUGAACCAAUUUGCAAAUGCAUUCAUCGCUUUACUCCAUCAAUUGAAGGACCCCGAGAAGGAUGUGUGAGAUCGUCGAAUUACUGUCGAACAUCAGCAGACUGUAAUGAUGGAAUUUGCCUAGACGGUCAAUGCAAAGCUGUUUGUCGAUCAAUUUCAGACUGUUCAGAAGGCGAAAAAUGUAUUGACAGUAUUUGUGUUGUUCCUUGUGUCACCCCAUAUCAAUGUCAAUCAGAUCAGACUUGUCACAAUGGAAUUUGCAUUAUGGGCUGCAGAAGUAGUAAAAACUGUCCAGCUGACCAGGCAUGCAUUAAUAAUUCUUGCCAAAAUCCAUGCUCUAGGGAAAAUGUUUGUGGCCCAAAUGCAAUUUGUGACUGUGUAGAACAUCAAACAGAAUGUUCUUGUCCCUCCGGAUUUCAGGGAAAUCCAAGUCCUCAGCAAGGUUGCGUACGUGUUCCCGCAGUUUGUCAGACCUCACAAGAUUGCCCAACUCAACAUCAGUGUAUCCAAGGUUUUUGUCAAAGUACUUGCUCAUCAAAAGUUAGUUGUGCUCAUGGUGAACGUUGUCAAAACGAUAUUUGUGUCAAAGUUUGUUAUGGUAAUGGAAAUUGCUUACCUGGAGAACUUUGUUUCGAUGGAAUUUGCUCAGCAGGUUGCACCUCUAAUGCUGGAUGUCGAAUCAAUGAGGCUUGUAUCAAUGGAAAGUGCAAAUGUGGACAUGGAUAUAUUUUCAGCAAUGACAAAUGUUUAGAUCUUGACGAAUGCUUGGAGCAUCCUUGCCAUCCUACUGCAGAAUGUAUUAAUCUCAAUGGGUCAUAUAAGUGUGUCUGUUCAGCGGGAACAGCUGGUGAUCCAAUAGCUAUUGGAUGUUUAAUUCCUAAUCAAUGUAAAACUGAUACUGAUUGUAGUAGUUCUCAAUCUUGCAUUAAUCAUAAAUGUUCAGAUACAUGUUCUAUUGUCGAUUGUGGAGAAAAUACCAUUUGUUCUGUGAUUGAUCAUCAAGCUGGAUGCCAGUGCCAACCUGGGUAUCUUGGUGAUUCUUCUGGUUGCUUUAAAGUUGAAUGCUUAUCAAAUAAUGACUGUUCUACAGACAAAUAUUGCAAUGUAGAAAGCAACAAGUGUUCAAGUCCCUGCAAUAAAGUAAAUUGCGGAUACGGCAAUUGCAUUGUUUUUAAUCAUCAAGCUAUUUGCAAAUGUCACACAGGGUUUGGAUUAAAUGGAGAACAUUGUGUCGAUGUUGACGAAUGUCUACAGAAGCCUUGUCAUCCAUCUGCACUUUGUGUAAAUACUGAAGGUUCUUAUACUUGCAACUGUCCACAUGGACUAGUUGGAGAUCCUUCUAGUAUUGGAUGUAAGCAUCCAGGGGAAUGUUUUGGAGAUUCUGAUUGUCCUCCCUCAGCCGCUUGUAUCGAUAAUACAUGUAGAAACCCUUGUGAUGUGAAUGCUUGUGGUAUAAAUGCUGAAUGUCAAGUUAAGCAUCAUAUUGCAAGUUGCAAAUGCCUGGGUCAAAGUACAGGCAACCCGAAAAUCGAAUGUGUCAAACUUGAAUGCAACUCUCAUAGUGAUUGUGAAGAGUCUCAUGUAUGUUUAGAGAAUAAAUGUGUUGACCCAUGCUUAGUGCCAAAUGUCUGUGGUCAAGGAGCUGAUUGUUCAUCACUUAAUCACUCGGCUGUUUGUACAUGCCAACCAGGAGGAACUGGAGAUCCCAAUUUAGGAUGUAGUCCUGUUCUAUACUGCAAAGCAGACUCACAGUGCCCAGCUGGAACUUCUUGUAAUGGAGGCAUUUGUACAUCAUUGUGCGCGAAUAUUAGAGAUUGUAUUGGAGAUCAACUUUGCAUCAAUGGACUUUGCAAACCAACUUGCAGAUCUAAUACAACUUGUCCAGAUUACCAGUUUUGUCAAAAUAAUAUUUGUGUACAAGAACUUCGUUGCAGCGAUGAUAAUGGAUGUGGUUAUGAUGAAAAAUGUAUUCAUAACUCUAUAGGCCAGGCUGAAUGUCGUUUAUCUUGUGAUUUAAUUUUGUGCGGUAGAAAUGCUGAGUGCAAAUCCGACAAUCAUAAAGCAACUUGUGCCUGUAACACUGGCUUUUUUGGCGAUGCCUAUGAUGAUAAGUUGGGCUGUCAGCCAAUUGAGUGUUCAAGCAAUGAUGAGUGUUCUGACGAAAAAAUAUGUGAUCAUCACAAAUGCCGAAUUGCUUGCUUAGCACAAAAUCCUUGUGGACAAAAUGCUAUAUGUUCAACAAGUUCUCAUGUGCAAGUAUGUACCUGUCAGCCAGGCUACACUGGUAAUCCAAUGGUUGCUUGUGAGCUUAUUGACUAUUGUUUAGCAUCACCAUGUGGGGCUGGAGCAUUAUGUACAAACUCACGAGGAUCCUUCAGAUGUCAUUGUCAGCUUGGAACUGUUGGUGAUGCCUAUCAUGAUGGAUGUCAAAUUCCAGUAGAAUGUUUGAAUGAUUCAGACUGCCCUAUAUCAGCAAAAUGUAUAGAAAUAAAUGGUCAUCCAAAAUGCUCAGACGUAUGCUCUAAAAUUCGAUGUGGUCCAAAUGCGGAUUGUAUUGCUGAGAAUCAUAUUGGUUUCUGUAAAUGUCGGUUGGAAUAUGAAGGCAAUGCCAAUGAUCUCGCUGUUGGUUGCCGUCCUCAGCCAACUACCUGCGAAUUGUCAUAUCAAUGUCCAUCAAAUACUUAUUGUUAUGAAAGAGUUUGUAGACCUUCUUGUCAAACGGAUGAAGAGUGUAAUCUUUCAGAUUCUUGUAUUAAUGGGCAAUGCCUUGAUCCCUGUAAUCUUCGAGCAGCAUGUGGUAUUAAUGCAGAUUGUCAAGUAACAAUGCACACUAAACGUUGCAGCUGCCCAGCAGGUUUUACUGGAAAUUCUGAAGUUGAAUGUGUUCGGCUUCCAGUUUCAUGUUCUACUUCAAGCGACUGUUCAGCUGGAAAUACUUGCCGAGACAAUGUUUGCUUACCCGUUUGUAGUUCAGACAAUCAUUGCGCUUUCAAUGAAAAGUGUGUCAAAGAAAAUUGCUUGCUGACUUGUCGAUUAGACAAUGAUUGUUUUUUGGGACAUAUUUGUUUAAAUAAUAUGUGCUCUCAUGGUUGCAGAGCUGAUGAAGAUUGCAAUGGCAAUGAAGCGUGUUCCGGAAACAAAUGUAUAAAUCCUUGUGAAGACACGCCGUGUGGACCAAAUGCAAAAUGUUCUGUAGUAAAUCAAAGAGCUUCUUGCACGUGCCCAGAUGGGUUUUUACCAAAUCCUUCAGCAAGAAUCGCAUGCUUACGAGCACCUGGACCGAUUUGCUCUGCUAAUCGUGAUUGUUCAAGUGGAUUGGCAUGUAUUGCUAGUACCUGCAUACCAGUUUGUUCAUCUAAUGCUAAUUGCCUCAGCAAUGAACGAUGUGAUUCUUCAGGUACAUGCAAAGCCCUCUGUCGACAAGACGAAGAAUGCCGUUCUGGUGAAAUUUGUGAAGGUCUUGUCUGUCUUUCUGGCUGCCGGGCUAAUCAAGAAUGCUCUGAAGGUUUUGCUUGCAUUAACAAUCAAUGUACAAACCCAUGCAAAUUUUCUAAUAGUUGUGGAACAAAUGCUGAAUGCACUGUACUCAAUCAUCAAAAACAAUGCAGCUGUCCAAUUGGGCUUGUUGGAGAUCCUUUGAUUUUGUGUCGCAGAAAUUCCUUGCCAUGUUCAGCGGGGUGCUUAACUGGAUUUAUUUGUCAAGGAGAAAUUUGUUACUCUCAAUGUCGAGGAGAUUCUGAUUGUCUUAAUGAUGAACGGUGUGAAGCUGGAACCUGCAAAUCGAUUUGUAAUUCUGACGACCAUUGUCAUGUUGGCCAAAUUUGUGAAAAUCGAAUUUGUCAAUUGGGAUGUAGAAGCGAUAUUCAGUGUUUAUCAGACGAAUAUUGUCUAAACACUAAAUGUCAAAAUCCUUGUGAAGGUGGAAAAGCUUGUGGUGAAUGUGCUGACUGUCGAGUUGUUAAUCACUCAGCUCAGUGUUCUUGUCUGGUGAAUUAUUACGGCAACGCUUUGAUAAGUUGUACAAAAUCGAUGAUUCCUUGUGAUGGUAGUUGUGAAUGUGAUGAAAUUGGCUUUUGUCUACAACGAUGUUCAUUGAAUAAUGCAUGUGGAUGUGGGGAAAUUUGUGAAGCUGGAAUCUGCAGAACCAAAUGUGAUACAGGAAAUUCUUGUGCUAAAGGAUACAUUUGUUCAAACGGAGUAUGCAAUGUUGGAUGUAGAACGCAUUCUGAUUGUCCAGUAACGUUGAGUUGCAUGAAUGGAAAAUGUGAAGAUCCUUGUUUGAUUGGAAAGUCACCUUGUGGAAAAAACGCACUUUGUAAAGUGUCCAACCAUCGUGUAGUUUGUUUGUGUCCAGAUAGGUAUCAAGGAGAACCAAGUCAAGAAUGUUAUCAGUUGGAAUGCAGCAGAAAUGAAGAUUGCGAAGCUAAUAAAAAGUGUAGUCAAGAUGGAGUUUGUACCAACCCUUGUUUACAGCAUGGAGCGUGUGGAUUUAAUGCGCAAUGUCGUGUCGUUGAUAGACAAGCUGAAUGUUCUUGUCCUCCAGGGCAUUAUGGAAAUCCAAAACUCAAUUGUAAACCAGGAAGUGAUCAAUGUCUUCGACAUCCUUGUGGAAUCAAUGCUCAAUGUCGUGAAACAGCAAGUGGUUUUGAGUGUGCGUGUGCCUUAGGGUGUUACGGAGAUGCACAUCAAGUUUGCAUAUGUGAUGGAGGUGAUCUUUGUCGAGACACAAGUUGUGGAGUCAAUGCAGCUUGUAGAAUUCAUGAAAACCAGCCACAAUGUUACUGCCCCCCUCAAUUUCCGGUUGGAGAUCCGAUGCAUGCAUGCAGUGCAGACAAAAGUGCACUAGAUUGUCGGACGAUCGGUUGUGGAAAGGGUGCAGAAUGUAUUCGUGAUGGACCAAUUUUCGUCUGUCGUUGUCCACCAGGUUCAACAGGUUCACCUGACGUAGAGUGUAAAACAGAACGAGAAUGUACGAGUGAUAAGGAAUGCCCAUCAGAAAAAGCCUGUAUUAAUCUACAAUGUUUGGAUCCGUGUGCUUUACGCGGUGCUUGUGGGAAAAAUGCACUAUGUCGGGUCGUGUUGCACAAGCCCAGAUGUUCGUGUCCCCAAUGUCAUGUUGGCUCACCUCAGAAAUCCUGCCGUCCAGACCCAAAAUGCAUCGAGACCCACCCACAUUCACCACCAAGGAUCGGUUGCACUGAGGAUUCAGACUGUCCAGAAAAUUUGGCUUGUCAUGACACUACAGGUGAAUGUCGUGAUCCAUGUACAACAAUGAAAAAUAUAAGUUGUGAAUCAAAUAAAAAAUGUCAAGUACGAGAGCAUCGUCCAAUGUGUGUAUGUAAACACGGAUUUGUUGUUAAUGAAGCUGGAGAGCUUACAUGUGCACCAGACACAUCGUCAUGCUCAAGAGACUUUGAUUGUCCAUCUAAUGCGGCUUGUAUUCAUUCAAAAUGUCAAAAUCCUUGUACAGCUUCAGGUGGUAAAAAAAAUACAGGAAAAUAUGGUGAAUUGCAAUUUGCUGAACAUAACAUCAAUGGACCAUGUCUCUCUGAUCAAAUUUGUGAUGUUCUUGACCAUCGUCCAAUUUGUAUUUGUACAAAAAAUUGCAAUCCCACGCUGUCAAUUUGUUUGCGAGAUAGUGGAUGUUCAGCUGAGCUUGCGUGCAGAAAUUAUCGUUGUGUUGAUCCAUGUGCAACAGCCAACUGUCCUGCCGAUUCUCCUUGUUACAUCGAGGAACACAAGCCCGUCUGCAAGUUCUGUCCCCCUGGUUUUGUGCCCGAUACUAAAUACGGAUGUAUGAAAGAUGUCAAAUGUGUGACACAUGAUGAGUGUUCAUCGCAACUUGCAUGUAUUGACCGUCAAUGUUUGAACCCAUGUACUCUAGGAAAUCCAUGUAAUUACGUAGAAGAUUGUCAUGUUCAAGAUCAUCGACCUGUUUGCGUUCAGAAUGAUGAUAAGUCUUUAGACUGUGGCUAUUGUCCUUCUGGUCAUCAAUGUGAUCGAGCAACUAAAACAUGCAUAAAAGCUGGUUGUACUAGUGAUCGUGACUGUGAAAUGACGGAAACCUGCGUGAGCCAUAUAUGCCAAGAUCCAUGCCUCAUAAAAAAUCCGUGCGUUGCUCAUGCUGUUUGUAUAAACAUGAAUCAUGGAACUGAUUGUAGCUGCCAAGAAGGAUAUCAAGGGAAUGGAUUUUCUUUUUGCAAUCCAGUUUCUAGCGUUGGAGAUGUUUGUCAGUAUAACGAAGAUUGUCCACCUGAAAAGCUUUGUGAUCGUUUGAACAGACGAUGCAUAAAUCCAUGCAAUGAAGAUAGCUGUGGUGAUAAUGCUGAUUGUUACGCUGAAAAUCAUGAAGCACGAUGUAAAUGCUGGCCAGGUUAUAACGGAAAUCCACAAGUCUCAUGUACAAGCUAUCCAAGUAAAAAUGCAUGUGAUCCGAAUCCAUGUGGACAUGAUGCAAUGUGUGAACUUGAUAAUGGUGAUCCAAUUUGUUUUUGCCCUAAAGGAAUGACUGGAAAUCCUUUUGAACAUUGUAUUCCAGAAGGGGACACUUGUUCUGGAAAUCCUUGUGGACUCAACUCAGGGUGUAGAGUAGUAAACGGUCUUGUAAAGUGUUUCUGUCUUCCUGGCUAUGAAGGUAACCCACCAUCUACUAGCUGCUCAAUUCCGGAAAAUGCCUGUGAGCCAUCUCCUUGUGGACCCAACACUCGAUGCAGUGCUUUACCUCAAGGACUUGCCAAGUGUUCAUGUCUUCCUGGCUACAUUGAAUCCCCCAAUACGAUUCGAGGUUGUAUUGAACAAACAAAUCUAUGUGAUCCGAAUCCUUGUGGUCCUGGAGCAAUUUGUGAUGUAAAUCGCCAACCACCUUGCUCCUGUCCUGAAAAUACGAUUGGAAAUCCUUACAAAAUAUGCCAAGAAAUAAACAUUGUUCCACUUUGCCAACCAGGGCCAUGUGGUAUUAAUGCUGAUUGUUACGUCGCAGAAAAUCGUGAACAAUGUUUCUGUAAGUACGGUCACAUUGGUGACCCUUACUUAGGAUGCCAAAAACCACCAAAUAGUCUCUGUUCUCCAUCUCCAUGUGGUAGAAAUGCAAUUUGCCGUGAAACUAAUUCAAGUAAUGCUUUCUGCGAAUGUAUACCUGGAACAUCUGGAGAUCCAAUGAGUUCAUUAGGAUGUAAUAGUUUUGAAUGUAUACAUAACUCUGACUGUCUACAAACACUGUGUUGUAUCAACCACAAAUGUCAAAAUCCUUGUCUCGGAGCUUGUGGAAUCAAUGCAAACUGCGAAGUUAAAGAUCAUCACCCUGUUUGUUCAUGUAGGAAAGGGCUUUACGGUAAUCCAAUGUUGCGAUGUGUUCCAGCAAUGGAUAUAGAACCACUAAAAAAUCCGUGCCAUUCAAAUUCAUGUGGACAGAAUACACAUUGUCAAGUUCUGAGAAAUCAUGCUGUUUGCUCAUGUCUUCCCGAUUUUUUGGGAGAUCCUCAAACUGGGUGUUAUCCAGAAUGCACAAUCAAUUCAGAUUGUCAAAAUGAUCAAGUUUGUAUAAACAGAAAAUGUCAAAAUCCUUGUAAAUUGGGAACGAUUUGUGGAAUCGAUGCAGAAUGCCGAGUUUUUGAUCACGUAGCAUCUUGUGUAUGUCCCAAAAACUUUUACGGAAAUCCAUUCAUCAGAUGUGUUUCACAGCCAAUUAUAACUAUUGACAGAAAUCUUAACAAAACCCUUCCAUGCGUACCUUCACCAUGUGGACCGUAUGAGUAUUGUGAAACAUUUAAUGAUCAUAUAGCAAUGUGUAGUGGGUGUGAUGCUUUCAAUUCUCGGUGCAAGCCAGAGUGUUUAUCAGACAGUGAUUGUCCCCUUGAUCAUUCUUGUAUUGGCUGGAAAUGCACCGAUCCAUGCCUUGGAUCAUGUGGACUUAACGCAAAUUGUGAAGUAUAUUGGCACAAACCAGUCUGCAGUUGCCCUACUGGCCUUUACGGAAAUCCUUAUCAAGGCUGUGUCCCUCAAGAUGAUCAAAAAGAUGUAUGCAGUCUUACACAAUGUGGUUCAAACGCAAAUUGCCGCGACAAAAGUGGAGCAACGACUUGUGAAUGCCAGGAAGGCUAUUUUGGAGAUCCUUUUGUUGCUUGUCACUACGAAUGCUUGCAGAAUUCGAACUGUGAUUUGAAUGCAGCGUGUUUGAACCAUAAGUGCGUUGAUCCAUGCUUGGGAGCUUGCGGAUCUGGAGCUUCAUGUCAAGUUGUCAAUCAUUGCCCAGUUUGUUACUGUGGUGCAAAUUUAUCAGGGGAUCCAUUUGUUUCUUGCUAUCCGAACAGAGAUGUUGAAAUUCAACCAGUGACAAAUUUGAAUCCUUGUGAUCCGUCACCGUGUGGGUCUUUUUCGAAAUGUUUAGUGACUCACAAAAAUUUCGCAACUUGCUCUUGUUUACCAGGGCUGAGAGGGUCUCCACCAUCUUGCUAUCCGGAGUGUAUUGUGAGCACAGAUUGUAUCCAAAAUCAAGCGUGUCAAAAUAAUCAAUGUAUUAAUCCUUGCAAUGGGAUUUGUGGCCAAGGAGCUUUAUGCCAAGUUGUCAAUCACAAUCCAGUUUGUAGUUGUCCAACGAAUCAUGGUGGAGAUCCAUUCGUUUUAUGUCUACCAUUAGGAAAAGAAGGAUUAACACCAAUAUCUCCAUGUCAGCCGUCUCCUUGUGGGCCGAAUUCAGUAUGUCAGAUAAAAAUGGGUCGUCCAGUGUGCUCAUGUCAAGUUACUUUCAUUGGUUCACCUCCGAAUUGUCGACCAGAAUGCCUUAUAAGCCAAGAAUGCACAAUUGAUCAAGCGUGUGUUAACAACAAAUGCACACAUCCUUGCCCCAAUAGUUGCGGUCAAAAUUCUGAAUGCUCUGUGAUUAAUCAUACACCUUAUUGUUCCUGCAAUAUUGGCUAUGAAGGUGAUGCUUUUGUUGGAUGCACGCCAAUAGUGCAACAGAAUCUUCCACCAGAAGAUCCAUGUUCUAUAUCACCUUGUGGAGAUAACGCAAAUUGCAAUGUUGUCAAUGGUCGUGCAAAAUGUACGUGUAUUCCUCCUUACAUUGGAAACCCUUAUGUAGGAGGUUGUAAGCCUGAGUGUGUAAUGAAUUCAGAUUGUGCAAAUCAUUUAAGCUGUCUUAAUCAACAUUGUCGAGAUCCAUGUCCCGGAGUUUGUGGAUUUAACGCACAAUGUGAAGUUUCCAAUCACGUACCUACAUGUUUUUGUUUGAAAGGAUAUUUUGGUGACCCUUUCCAGGCUUGUAAAAUCGAACAAUCAGUAGUAUCAAAAAAUCCAUGUCAACCAUCACCAUGUGGACCUUACAGUAUUUGCAGAGUCACAAAUGAAAGAGCUGUAUGUUCCUGUUCUCCCGGAUAUCAUGGACAGCCGCCAUCAUGUCGUCCAGAAUGUUUAGUUUCGUCAGAUUGUGCACCACAUCUUUCUUGUAUUGAUCAAAAAUGUGCAGAUCCUUGUCAAGGAAUUUGCGGAUUCCGUGCUCUGUGUCAAGUUUUGAAUCAUAAUCCUAUUUGUAGUUGCCCAGAAAAAUUCACUGGUGAUCCAUUUGUGCAAUGUUCAGAAAUAGCUACAACUGUCGAACCAGUCGACUAUUGCGUUCCAUCUCCAUGUGGACCUAAUGCUCAAUGCCGAGUGCAAAAAGAUAGACCAGUUUGUACAUGUCUGCCUCGAAUGUUCGGAGCUCCUCCACAUUGUCGACCAGAGUGUUUAAUUGAUCAAGACUGCCCAAAUUAUUUAGCUUGUGUUCAGAACUCAUGUUUAAACCCUUGUAUUGGAUCAUGUGGAGUUAACGCGAACUGCAUUGUUCGAAAUCAUCGCCCUAUUUGUCAAUGCUUUGAUGAAUUUGAGGGUGAUCCAUUUUCAGCUUGUACACAAAAGAUCGCGCAACCAAUUGAGCCUCCUAGUCAUCCAUGCAAUCCGUCUCCCUGUGGAUCAAAUGCAAUAUGCAAUGAAAAAAAUGGUGCGGGUUCAUGCACCUGUAUGCCGGAAUACUUUGGGGAUCCAUACACCGGAUGUCGACCUGAAUGUGUGACAAACGAUGAUUGUGGAAGGUCAAAAGCUUGCCUCAACAAUAAAUGCAUAAAUCCUUGCGCAGAAAUUUGUGGUCCGAACGCAGUUUGCCGGGUUGUUAACCAUGCUCCAUCAUGUUCAUGCGAGCCUGAAUUUACUGGUGACGCAACUAAAGGUUGUGAAAUACUUCGAACAGUGACAGAGGCACCAAUAACUGAUCCUUGUGAUCCUUCUCCUUGUGGACCAAAUAGUAAUUGUCGUAUUUUGAAUGGGCAUGCAGUUUGCUCCUGUAAAACGAGCUUUUUAGGAACUCCACCGACAUGUCGUCCAGAGUGCACAAUCAGUACUGAAUGUCCAAGAAGUAAAGCUUGUGUGGAGAACAGAUGUGUUAAUCCAUGCCAAUCAGCUUGUGGGGAAAGUGCAAAGUGUUUAGUAGUGAAUCAUUCACCUCUUUGUACAUGUUUGAAUGGAUUUACUGGAGAUCCAUUUAUUCUCUGUAUAAAAGUUGAAGAAAUUACUCAAGAACCUUCAAGAGAAGCUACUGAUCCUUGUAUACCGAACCCAUGUGGAUCUAAUUCAAUAUGUCGAGUUAUUGGCUCACAACCUGCAUGCUCGUGUGGUCCUAAUUUUAUAGGAAAACCACCAGACUGUCGACCAGAAUGCAAAGAUAAUUCCGAAUGUUCAGCAAAAAUGGCUUGCAUCAAUCAAAAAUGUAAAAAUCCAUGUGAUGGAUCAUGUGGUAAUAUGGCAAGAUGCACAGUACUUAAUCAUGUUCCCAUUUGUUCAUGUCCAGAAGGAUACACUGGAGAUCCAAUAAGUAACUGUUUACCAUUCAUUCAGAAAACUCCAAAACCAAUACCAUCGAAUCCCUGCUCACCAAAUCCAUGUGGACGAAAUGCACAAUGCCGUGAAAAAAAUGGAGCGGGAGCUUGUGUUUGUCCUAUUGAUUAUAUCGGGAAUCCUUACGAUAAUAUUCAAGGAUGUCAUCGAGAAUGCGAAAAUUCAAACGAUUGUGCAAAUCAUCUUGCUUGCAUUAAAUUCAAAUGUGCUGAUCCAUGCACUCAAACUUGUGGAGCGUUAUCUGUAUGUAACGUUGAUAACCAUGUGCCAAGUUGUUCUUGUCCUCCAGGGUAUACUGGGGAUCCAUUCCAUGCUUGUAAAGAAGAACUACGAGAAGCUUCACCACCACUGGAUCCAUGUUUACCGACGCCAUGUGGUCUUAACUCUAAAUGCCGAUCAAUUCAUGGCCAAGCAGUCUGCUCAUGUCUUUCUGAAUACAUUGGUGCACCACCAAAUUGCAGACCUGAGUGUGUUAUUAAUAAUGACUGUCCUCUUUCUCUUGCUUGUAUUAACGGACGGUGUUCAGAUCCUUGUUUAGGAAAGUGUGGUGUGCGAUCUCGGUGUACAACUAAAAAUCAUAGUCCGAUCUGUACUUGUCCACCUGGUUUUACAGGAAAUCCUUUUACGCUGUGUUCACCUCAAACAAGAUUACCAACAACAACUGAAAAACCUCCUUCAUGUAUACCAUCACCAUGUGGAUCUAAUUCACAAUGUCAAAUUAUUUUCGGCACUCCAGCUUGUUCUUGUUUGCCAAACUUUAUUGGAGUUCCUCCCAAUUGUCGACCAGAGUGUUCUAUUAAUACAGAAUGUAGAAGCCACCUUGCUUGCAUAAAUCAGCGAUGCCAAGAUCCUUGUAUUGAUUCUUGUGGCCGCAACGCUCAAUGUCAUGUUGUAAAUCAUAUUCCUGUCUGUUCUUGUAUUGAAGGUUUUACUGGGGAUCCAAUAAAUGACUGUGUUCAUUUUCAAUUAACAACUGAGUCCUCAAAAAAUCAAGAUCUUUGUAACCCAUCACCUUGUGGACCAAAUGCCAUAUGCAAAAAUGGAAACUGUGAAUGUCUUCCAGAGUAUUUUGGAAAUCCGUUUGAAGAAUGUCGACCUGAGUGUAUAAUGAAUUCAGAUUGUGCUCAACAUAAAUCGUGUUUAAAUAACAAGUGCUUAGAUCCGUGCCCAGGAAGAUGCGGCUUCAAUGCGGAAUGUGAUGUUGUGAACCACAUCCCUGUUUGCUCUUGUUUGUCCGGGUACAUUGGAGAUCCUUUUGUUGCAUGUCAUAGUCAACCAGAGAGAACACCAAUAUCAACAGAUCCUUGCCACCCUACGCCAUGUGGUCCGUUUUCCGAUUGUCUCGUGCGCGGUGAUAGUUUCGUGUGUUCGUGUUGGAAUAACUAUAUUGGUGUACCUCCUAACUGUCAUCCGGAAUGUACUAUAAACUCUGAGUGCGCGUUAACUCUUUCGUGUAUUCAACAGAAGUGUCGUGACCCGUGUGCGGGUUUGUGUGGUUACGAGGCUUAUUGUGUGACACAAAAUCAUCAACCAAUUUGUUCAUGUCAAGAUGGCUACACUGGAGACCCAUACAGCAGCUGCAAUCCUGUAGAAAAGGCUGAUGCCCAACGGCCUGAUAGUUUUCUAUCACCUUGCGUACCCUCACCGUGUGGUGCCAAUGCCAUUUGUAAAGUCAUGAACAACGCUGGGUCCUGUUCAUGCUUGCCUGAUUACAUUGGGAAUCCAUAUGACAUCUGUAGACCCGAAUGUGUCAUUGCUUCUGACUGUCCAUCUUAUCAAAGUUGUGUCGGAACGAAAUGUAGGGAUCCAUGUCCUGGCUCAUGUGGCCAAGAUGCAGAGUGUACUGUGAUAAACCAUGUACCCUCCUGCACUUGUCAAUCUGGAUUUACUGGAGACCCAUACAAAACUUGUUUCCUGUUACCGGAUAGUACUAAUAGCUCACGGAUCGACCCAUGUCACCCAUCACCAUGUGGACCUAACAGUCAAUGCCGUGAAAAUAAUGGCCACGCAGUUUGCAGUUGUCAACCUGACUAUGUAGGAAAUCCUCCAGCAUGUAGACCUGAGUGCCUUGUGUCAUCACAAUGUACAGCUCAAUUAGCUUGUUUAAAUAACAAAUGUGAAAGUCCAUGCCCCUCACCAUGUGGUCUGAAUACCAAGUGCCUUGUAGUCAAUCACAGUCCAAUAUGCUCUUGCAUGCCAGGUUACAGCGGAGAUCCAUUUACUCAAUGCACUCUUGUACCGCCACAAAACAAUGAAGAAUAUGAAAAAGAUCAAGAUCCUUGUGCUCCUUCGCCCUGUGGCUAUUUUUCUCUUUGUAAAAAUGUAUACGGUUCUGCUGCAUGUUCUUGUAAAGAAGGUUAUAUUGGCCAGCCACCUAAUUGUCGUCCUGAAUGUACCAUCAGCUCAGAAUGCUCAAGCGAUGAAGCUUGCAUUAAUGAAAAAUGUCGGGAUCCAUGCCUUGGUUCUUGUGGUCUCAGUGCUCACUGUACUGUAUCCAAUCAUAUACCGAUUUGUAACUGCCCUGAAGGAUUUACUGGUGAUCCAUUUGCUAUAUGCAAUCUUUUACCAUCUAAAUCUUGGAAUGAAACGCCCCGUGACCAAUGUAAUCCAUCUCCAUGUGGUCCUAAUGCUCAAUGUGACAAUGGAAUGUGUACAUGUUUACCAGAAUAUCAAGGAAACCCUUACGUGGGUUGUCGUCCAGAGUGUGUUUUGAAUACUGAUUGCCCAAGAGACCGUGCAUGCUUAAAAAACAAGUGUAGAGAUCCAUGUCCAGGAGCUUGUGCAGAAAAUGCAUUGUGUAGCGUAAUAAAUUAUGUACCUAUGUGCAGUUGUCCAGAUGGCAUGACUGGUAACGCAUUCAGCCAAUGCUGGCCUAUUCAAGAUAUAACACCUAUAAACCCAUGCAACCCUUCACCUUGUGGACCUAACAGUGAGUGUAGAGUAAUCAACGGCAGAGGAGUAUGCUCUUGCAUUCGUGGAUAUGUUGGAAUUCCACCCUCAUGUCGUCCAGAGUGUAUAACAAGUACAGAUUGUCUACCAAACAAAGCUUGCAGCAAUCAAAAAUGUACAGAUCCUUGUCCAGGUUCUUGUGGUUUUAAUGCGAUGUGCGUGGUCGUAGGACAUAAUCCUAUUUGUAGCUGUCCUGUAAGGUUUACUGGAGAUCCUUUUGUCAAGUGCCAACUCAUCAUAGCCGACGAACUUCUACCUCAGGAUCCAUGCAGACCUUCACCUUGUGGUCCCAAUGCUCAAUGUCAAGUUACUAACGACUCUCCAUCUUGUUCUUGCAAUAUCAACUUUAUUGGAAGUCCACCAAACUGUCGACCUGAAUGCAUCAGUAAUCCUGAAUGUAACAGUGAUCUCGCUUGUAUUAAUCAAAAGUGUACAAAUCCAUGCAUAAAUUCUUGUGGUGCAAAUGCCGAAUGCCAUGUUGUUAGUCAUACUCCUAUGUGUGCCUGUAAAGCAAAUCACACUGGUGAUCCGUUCACAGAAUGUGUUUUCAAAGAACUAUCAUUGGCAGUACCUUCUAGUCCAUGCAUGCCCUCUCCAUGUGGUUCAAACGCAGUUUGCAAAGAACAAAACGGAGCUGGUUCUUGUACGUGUCUUCCAGAUUAUACUGGGAAUCCAUACGAAGGUUGCAGACCUGAAUGCCUUGUCAACACUGAUUGUCCCUCAAAUCUUUCCUGCAAAAACUUUAAGUGUCGUAACCCAUGCCCUGGUGUUUGUGGUCUUAAUGCUGAAUGUCGAGUUAUGUAUCAUCUUCCGCAAUGUAGCUGCUUCGAAAAAUAUACCGGGGAUCCAUUCAGCAACUGCGUACCUUUACGAGAAAAUGAACCAACGUUGAAAGAUUUUUGUAGUCCAUCUCCUUGUGGUCCAAACAGUAAAUGUCGAGUGGUCAACGAACAACCAGUUUGCACUUGCCUCCAAAAAUAUAUUGGGAGCCCACCUAAUUGUAGACCUGAAUGCACAAUAAGUUCAGAAUGUCCAUUUAAUCGAGCAUGUAUAAAUAAUAAAUGUUCAGAUCCCUGCCCUGGAACUUGUGGUAUGAAUUCACGGUGUGAAGUUAUCAACCAUAGUCCAAUAUGUUCUUGUACUCCAGGGUUUUCUGGGGAUCCAUUUUCAAACUGUUUUAGACUAGAAAUAUCUCCUGGCUCUAUGCCAACGUUUGAAAAUCCAUGUGUGCCUAAUCCUUGUGGACCUAACAGUGAAUGCCGAGACAUCAAUGACCAGGCAUCUUGUGCCUGCAAGCUCAGCUUUUUUGGAACUCCGCCAAACUGUCGACCAGAAUGCACAAUUAAUGCCGAUUGUGCCAGUGACCGUGUUUGUCUUCAAUCAAAAUGCGAAAAUCCUUGCUUAGGAUCAUGUGGAUUGUCAGCUGAAUGCUCAGUGGUAAACCACACUCCAAUGUGCAGUUGUUUACCAGGAACAACUGGUGAUCCGUUCACUGAAUGUAAAAAAUUCUUCGAAAUGCCUCAUGAAGCAGCAAAACCAUCUCCCUGCGCAAACUGUGGGUCAAAUACAGCAUGUAUUAAUGAAAAUUGCGUAUGUUUGCCUGAAUACCGAGGUGACCCUUUCAUUGGCUGUCGCCCAGAAUGCGUUCUUAACUCAGACUGUGCACGCAAUCAAGCAUGCAUUAAAUCUAAAUGUAGAGAUCCGUGCCAAGGGACCUGUGGCAGAAACGCAUUGUGUUCAGUUGUUAAUCAUAUUCCAGUUUGCAGUUGUAUGCCAGAAACAUCCGGAAAUGCAUUUGUAGCUUGUGCUAAGAUCGAAAAACCAUCUGAUAUAAAUCCAUGUGAUCGUUCACCAUGUGGGCCAAACAGCCAGUGCAGGAAUAUCAAUAAUCAGGCAGUUUGUUCAUGCAUAGUAGGAUAUUUGGGAUCUCCACCAAACUGUCGAUCUGAAUGUACGAUAUCUUCAGAUUGUGCAUUAAACAGAGCGUGUUUCAAUCAAAAAUGUGUUGAUCCAUGUCCAGGAACAUGUGGUAUACAAGCACAGUGUCAUGUUAUAAAUCACAAUCCGAUAUGCAGUUGCUCAAGUGACUUGACCGGAGAUCCAUUCGUUGCAUGCUUACCAAUUCUUAAAACUCCGGAAAAUUCAAAAAAUGCUUGUCAGCUCUCAUCAUGUGGACCUAAUAGCCAGUGCCAAGUUGUCAAAGAUUCUCCAGUGUGUUCAUGUCUUCCAGAGUUCCAUGGACUACCUCCGAAUUGUCGACCUGAGUGUGGUAGCAAUUCUGAAUGCCCCCUGAACUUGGCUUGUAUUAAUCAAAAAUGUCGAGAUGUUUGUCCGGGUUCUUGCGGAUCAAAUGCAGAAUGUCGAGUAGUUUCACAUACAGUCAUGUGCGUUUGCUUGCCUGGAUAUACCGGAGAUCCUUUUACUCAGUGUUCUGAAAAACCACUGGUAUACUUGCCAAACGAGCAACCAACGCCUUGUGAGCCUUCUCCAUGUGGAGCUAAUGCUAUUUGCGAAGAACGCAACGGGGCUGGAGCGUGCAGAUGCUUAAAUGAUUAUAUCGGAAACGCGUAUGAGGGAUGCCGACCGGAGUGCAUUGUUAAUUCUGAUUGUACCUCAGACCGUAUGUGUAUUCAAUCAAGAUGCCAAGAUCCAUGUCCUGGCUCAUGUGGCCAAAAUGCCGUGUGCCAAGUUGUCAACCAUCUACCAACUUGUAGUUGUUUACAAGGAUAUAACGGAAACCCAUUUUCUUUCUGUAGCGUCACACAAGAUAUCCCACUAUCAGAAUCAACCAGUCCAUGUGAAAAGUCACCUUGUGGUCCAAACAGCAAAUGCCGUGAGUCAAAUGGCCAAGCUGUUUGUACAUGCUUACCAUCCUUCAUUGGAAGUCCACCAUACUGUCGUCCAGAGUGCACAUUUAGCUCUGAGUGUCCUUUAAACCGUGCAUGUAUAAACAACAAAUGUGCUGAUCCAUGUCCUGGUAUUUGUGGCAUCAACGCUCGUUGUAAAGUCCUCAACCACAGUCCUAUAUGUAGCUGCAAUAUUGGACUUACCGGAGAUCCUUUUGUACGUUGUUUUGAUUUACAACCAUUAAAAGAUGAUAAACCAUCAAAAAAUCCUUGCAUUCCAUCACCAUGUGGACCUUUCUCUACAUGCAGAAACAUAAGAGGGUCUCCCUCGUGCGCUUGUGAACCAAAUUACAAUGGAUCUCCUCCUAAUUGUCGCCCUGAAUGUAUAAUUAAUUCAGAAUGUACCAGCAAUCUUGCAUGCCUUCGAAACAAAUGUAUCGAUCCCUGCCCAGGAUCAUGUGGUAUAGGAGCGAUGUGUAAUGUCAGGAACCAUACUCCUAUUUGCAACUGUCCAGAAGGAUACAUCGGAGAUCCCUUUACAAGUUGCUCUCCUCAAUUGCCCCAAACUGAAGAGCCAGAUAACAUAUGCAAUUCCCUGCCUUGUGGACCAAAUGCUCAGUGUCUGAAUAGUGUUUGUACCUGUUUACCUGAAUACUUAGGUGACCCAUAUGUUGGCUGCCGUCCCGAAUGUAUUCAAAAUCCGGAUUGUUCAUUAACACAAGCAUGUAUUGGAAAUAAAUGCAAAGAUCCAUGUCCAGGAAUCUGUGGUCAAAACGCUGAAUGUAAUGUUAUCCAACAUAUUCCCAUGUGCAGUUGUCCUUCAGGAACAACUGGAAAUGCUUUUGCGAGUUGCAUUCCGGCAACAGAACCAGAUAUAUCAAAUCCGUGUAAUCCUUCACCCUGUGGACCGAAUAGUCGAUGCCGAGAGAUAAACAGUCAAGCAGUUUGUUCAUGCGUCAUAGGAUUUAUUGGCCAUCCUCCAGCUUGUCGCCCUGAGUGUGUAACAAACUCAGAGUGUCCUUUAAAUGAAGCCUGUAAUAAUCAACAGUGCCAAGAUCCAUGUCCUGGGUCUUGUGGUGUUCAAGCUGAAUGCCAAGUCAUCAAUCACAACCCAAUUUGUAGCUGUCCAGUGAUUUUGACAGGUGAUCCGUUCAUACGAUGUAUGCCACUUCCUAAGACAGAAUCGCUUGAACCCCUUAAUCCUUGCCAGCCAUCACCGUGUGGACCAAAUGCUCUAUGUAAAAUUGUUGACGGUUCUCCAUCAUGCGCGUGUCUUCCUGAAUUUCUUGGAUCACCCCCAGCUUGUCGACCUGAAUGUAUUAGUAAUUCUGAAUGUGCAAGUCAUCUUGCCUGCUUCAAUAGAAAGUGUUCUGACCCUUGUAGAGGAUCCUGUGGUAUAAAUGCAGAAUGUUAUGUGAUCAACCACACACCAAUGUGUGGUUGCAUGCAUGGCUACGGUGGUGAUCCAUUUGUUCAGUGCGAUGUAACUCAAGCUCCACCUCUAGAGUCUCUUAGGCCAUCGGACAGCCCUUGUACGCCCUCACCUUGUGGUACAAAUGCGCAAUGCCAUGUAAAAAAUGGUGCUGGUGCAUGCACUUGUAACAGUAACUAUAUAGGAAAUCCAUAUGAAGGUUGUCGACCUGAGUGUACUAUGAAUUCAGACUGUCCAGCAAAUUUGGCUUGCAUAAGAUCAAAAUGUCAAGAUCCAUGUCCAGGCCGAUGUGGGACCAACACGAAUUGUCAAGUUGUCUCUCAUUUACCAAUGUGUACAUGUUCUCCUGGUUUUAGCGGAAAUCCAUUCGAAAACUGUAAUAUUAUUCACACUGAAAAAGAACCGAAUGUCGGCGACAUAUGUAGACCUUCACCAUGUGGUCCCAAUAGUAGAUGUCGUGUCUCAAACCUCCAAGCCGUCUGUACCUGUGAAGCUCAAUUUACUGGAAGCCCACCAAACUGUCGACCUGAGUGUACUGUGAGUUCUGAAUGCUUGCCUCACUUGGCUUGCAUAAAUCAGAAAUGUCAAGAUCCUUGCUCUGGCCUUUGUGGAAAUCUUGCGUUGUGUCGAGUUAUCAAUCAUAGCCCAAUCUGUAGCUGUGGACCCGAAAAUACCGGAGACCCUUUUAUUCAGUGUUUCCCCAUGAUACCUGAAUCACAUGAUCAAGAGCCAUGCAACCCGUCACCAUGUGGUCCGAAUGCCAUCUGUAGAGUCUUAGGAAAGAGCCCAAGUUGCGCUUGCGUUAAUGGCUAUAUUGGAGCUCCACCUAACUGCCGACCAGAAUGUUCCAUUAAUCCAGAUUGUACUGGUGAUCUCGCCUGCAUACGAGAAAAAUGUCGAGAUCCUUGUCCAGGCUCUUGCGGUUUAAAUGCCGUUUGCAAUGUCAUUAAUCACACUCCGGUUUGUACUUGCGAACCAAAUUUCACAGGGGAUCCAUUCACUUUAUGCAGUCCCAAACAAGAAGUACAACUGUCACUACCUCAUGAUAAAUGUAAUCCAUCCCCCUGUGGUCCAAACGCAAAGUGCAGCAAUGGAAUUUGCAGUUGCUUGAACAAUUACCAUGGUGACCCAAAAUUUGGUUGUAGACCCGAGUGUGUCGUUAAUGAAGAUUGCUCAUCAAAGAACGAUGCCUGCCUUAAUAACAAGUGUCGAAAUCCUUGUUCAAAAAUAUGUGGAGAAGGAGCAAUUUGCAACGUUGUAAAUCAUCUUCCCAUGUGUAGUUGUCCACCAGGAACUUCCGGCAAUGCUUUUUCUCGCUGUUCAACAAUUCGAAAAAAUUCUACAUAUCAAGAUCCAUGUUUCUCUUCACCUUGUGGUCCAAACAGUCACUGUCACACGAAUAAUAAUCAAGCAGUUUGUUCUUGCAUCUCAGGUUUCUCAGGAACACCACCAUCGUGUCGACCUGAAUGUGUCAUAAGUUCUGAUUGUCCCAAAAAUAGAGCAUGUAAUAAUCAAAAGUGUAUCGAUCCGUGUGCUGGAUCAUGCGGUGUUUCAGCAGUGUGCCUUGUUGUUAAUCAUAGUCCAGUUUGUAGCUGUCCAGUUUUACUCACUGGAGAUCCUUUCAUAAAAUGUUUUCCAGCUCCUUUAAAAGAAGAACCUCCAAAAAAUCCUUGUCAGCCUUCUCCAUGUGGACCAAAUGCGAAAUGUCAACUUAAUAAUGACGCUCCAUUUUGUGUGUGUAACGAUGAAUUUAUUGGGAGCCCUCCAUUCUGCCGACCUGAGUGCGUUAGUAAUUCUGACUGUCUUAGUAAAUUGGCUUGUAUCAAUAGAAAAUGUAAAGAUCCAUGUCCAGGAUCUUGUGGAGUGAACACUAAUUGUGCAGUAAUAUCACAUACUGCAAUGUGUUCAUGUUUCUCUGGGUUCACUGGAGAUCCUUUUAUCAAAUGCAGUCUUAUCCCAAUAGCGAUAUCUCCUCCAGAACCAAGUCAAAGUCUAUGCAUACCAUCUCCAUGUGGAGCCAAUACAAUUUGUAAAGAAUUCUUUGGAACAGCUAUGUGCUCGUGUAACUCUGAGUUUUACGGAAACCCUUACGAAGGAUGUAGACCUGAAUGCGUCAUCAAUAGUGAUUGUACAGCUGAUCAUGCGUGUGUUAGCUCUAGGUGUAUCAAUCCUUGUAUCAGCGCUUGCGGCCAAAAUGCAAUUUGUCAAGUUGUGAAUCAUAUGCCAUCGUGCUCAUGUAUAAACGGCUAUAAUGGAGAUGCUUUAACUUUCUGCCGACCUGCCGAAGAAAUUUCUAAAGUUGUAGACCCAUGCAACCCAUCACCUUGUGGCCUUUAUAGCCGAUGCCAAGUGCUGAACGAACAAGCAAUUUGUUCUUGUGGUGCUCAGUAUCUCGGUUCCCCACCAAACUGUCAUCCUGAAUGUGUUUCAAGCACAGAAUGUGCUGCAAAUCAAACAUGUCUAAAUCAAAGAUGCAUUGAUCCAUGCCAUAAUGUGUGUGGAAUAUCGGCAAGAUGUAUGAUAAGGAAUCGUAGUCCUAUUUGCAGUUGCGGCCCUGGCCAGACAGGGGACCCAUUUGUAAAAUGUUUCGACAUUUUUGAAGAACCAAAACAAUCACCUAAUCCAUGUGUGCCAUCGCCCUGCGGUCCGUUUUCCGUCUGUCAGGACAAUUCAGGUUAUCCAGCAUGCUCUUGCGCUGAGAAUUAUAUAGGGACCCCACCUAUGUGUCGUCCAGAAUGUAUAAUUGCUUCUGACUGCAGACGAGAUCAAGCAUGCAUCAGAGAAAAAUGCAGAGAUCCUUGCCCUGGUUCUUGUGGAGCUCAAGCUCAUUGUAUUGUAAUUAAUCACACUCCUACAUGUAGCUGUCCUACAGGAUACACUGGUGAUCCAUUUAAUGUCUGUACUCCAGAACAACCAAAAUCUGAUUCCUUGGUGCCAACCAAUCUAUGCAAUCAAUCUCUCUGUGGUCCAAACACCCAAUGCCACGAAGGUAUUUGCACUUGUUUACCCGAAUACCAUGGAGAUCCAUACUUCUCAGGAUGCCGACCAGAAUGCGUUCAAAAUGCCGAUUGUACUUAUAAUAAAGCGUGCUCAAAUAAUAAAUGCGUUGAGCCUUGUGCUGGCGUUUGUGGUCGCAACGCAGAAUGCCAUGUCGUGAAUCACACUCCAAUGUGUAGUUGUAUUCCAAAUUAUGAAGGCGAUCCUUUUACAGCCUGUCAAGUAGUCCAAAGACCAACUGAAAAUCCAUGUGAACCUUCACCUUGUGGUCCCAACAGUAUUUGUCGUCAGUUUGGUAACCAAGCUUCAUGCUUUUGUAUUCGUGGGUUCUAUGGAAAUCCACCAAAUUGCAGGCCUGAAUGUGCAGUUAGCUCUGAAUGUGAACAAACUUUAGCUUGCAUUAAUCAGCAUUGCCAAGAUCCAUGUAUUGGUUCUUGUGGUAACAAUGCUUUAUGCAACGUGAGAAAUCACAAUCCUGUUUGUAGCUGUCCCCAAAAAUAUGAUGGUGAUCCAUAUGUGCAAUGUUCCUUAAUGAGAGUAACCGACGAAAAGAUACAGAAAAACCAGUGCAAUCCUUCACCUUGUGGACCCAAUGCUGUAUGUGCAGUGUCCAAUGAGUCACCCUCGUGCACAUGUUUGCCCGACUAUCUCGGUUCACCACCUAACUGUCGACCUGAAUGUCGAAUGAACUCUGAUUGUCCCAAUAACUUAGCUUGUAUAAGCCAGAAGUGUCAAAAUCCUUGUCAAGGGUCAUGUGGUGUUAACGCUAUUUGUCAGGUUGCCAAUCAUCGGUCUAAUUGUUUUUGCGAGCAAGGAUACACUGGUGAUCCGUUCAUAUUGUGUUCUAUAACUCCGAAACAACAAGUACCAUUGAUUCCGAAACAACCUUGUGAUCCGUCACCUUGUGGAAGCAAUGCUUACUGCAGAGAGCGUUAUGGGACUGCCGUGUGUGAAUGCUGGCCAGACUACCGAGGAAAUCCAUAUGAGGCUUGUCAUCCAGAAUGUCUAGUCAAUACCGAUUGUCCUAAUUCACUCGCUUGUAUUAAGACAAAAUGCAAAGAUCCAUGCCCAGCAACUUGUGGGGUUAAUGCUGUUUGUAGUGUAAUGAACCACGUCGCUAUUUGUUCAUGCCCGUACCCAUCGAUAGGAGAUGCCUUUACUCGUUGUGAAACUCCAACCAAAAAGCCACUGAAUCCUUGCAACCCAUCUCCUUGUGGGCCAAACACGGUUUGUGAAAUCUUGGAUUUAAAAGUUAUUUGUUCCUGCUCUCCUGGUCUGCAAGGAGAGCCUACGAGUUUAAUAGGCUGUCAUCCAGAGUGUGUAUUAUCAUCAGAUUGUCCGGGCGACAGAGCUUGUGAAAACGCAAAAUGCGUCGACCCAUGCAUGAUUGGAGUCUGUGGAAAUGGUGCUGAUUGUCGAGCAGUUAAUCACAGCCCAAUUUGCAGUUGUCCAGUUAAUUUUAUAGGAAAUCCUUUUAUACAGUGCUUUUCAAAACAAGAAAUUCUAACAGAUCCUUGCUCUCCUUCACCUUGCAAUCCUAAUGGUGAAUGCAAAGUAAGGAAUGGCGCUGCUAUAUGCAUCUAUCCAGAAUGUCUUAUCAAUUCAGAUUGUACGAGAGAUCGAGCAUGUUAUUCACAAAGGUGCAGAGAUCCAUGUAUUGGAGCUUGUGGAGUAAAUUCAAUCUGUCAAACUGUUAAUCACCGACCAAUUUGUUCGUGUCCCACUGCGUACUACGGAGAUCCUCAAAUUCAAUGUCGUGAAGCAAGUAACAGGCCUAUACCAGCGUGUAAUAGAAAUUCAGACUGUCCAAAUGAUGCGACAUGCUUCGAAGGAAAUUGUGUAAAUCCAUGUGAUCUAGGAUCUUGUGGUACUAACUCUAGAUGUCAAGUACUGAUCCAUCGAGCUGUUUGUGUUUGUAAUGAAGGCUUCACUGGCAAUCCACAGCAAUUUUGUCGAAAAAUUGGAUGCAGAACCGAUGAGGAAUGUCCUUUGAGUCAAUCUUGCGUUAACGAAAAUUGUAUUGAUGUUUGCAAGUUAACUCAGUGUAGUUCGAAUGCAGUUUGUCAACCUGAUGGAUAUCACAAAUCUCGAUGCGUCUGUCCAGAAGGAUUCCUUGGUUCUCCCAACCAUCAAUGUUUCCGUCCUGAAUGUAAAACAGAUUCAGAAUGUCCAAGCUUACUUUCUUGUCACAACAAUAGAUGUGAAGAUCCAUGUCAUUGUGCUGCAUCUGCUCAAUGCAUUGUUGUUAACCACCAAGCGGGAUGUAAAUGUCCACCAGGUUACAUUGGUGAUCCAUACUCUUCAUGCAUAAAAGAACCUGAACAAUCAUUUGAAUGUUCCAUUGAUGCAGAUUGCCCUAGUCAGCUUGCUUGCUUCAGUAGAACGUGCAAAGACCCUUGCAAAGAGUCAACACCUUGCGCUUCUAAUGCAAAAUGUACAGUCAUCGACACUCUACCGAUGCGAACAAUGAUCUGUGAAUGCUUGCGUAACUUCGUAGGUGAUGCAACUAUUGCUUGUGUUCCUAUUGACCAGCAAGUUUUAGCAAUAUGUAAUUUAGAUCAGGAAUGUGAAGUGAACAUGGCUUGCAUAAAUUCUAGAUGCAUCAAUCCUUGUCAAAUUAAUCCAUGCGCAAGCUUUGCCGAAUGCCGAGUUGAAAACCAUAGACAUCGUUGUAGUUGUUCUGAUGGAUUUGUCGGAGAUGGUGUUUUCAAUUGCCAAAAAAAUGAUCUUCCAAUGCCAGCAUGCAAAAACAAUGAUGAUUGCUCAAUGAAUUUGGCUUGUAUCAACCAAAGAUGCCAAAAUCCUUGUUCUAAUGAUAGAUGUGGUUCGAAAGCUGAAUGUAUAACAGUGAGACAUUAUCCAACUUGUCACUGUAGAGAAGGCAUGGCAGGAGAUCCAGAAAAACAGUGUUUCGAACCUGAAUGUACUCAAGACCAUGACUGUCCAUCUGAAAAAUCAUGCAUCAACAACUUCUGCAGCAAUCCCUGCUUAUCAGACCGACUUCAGUGUGGUAGGAAUGGACAAUGUUUGGUCAUUGAUCAUGUAGCUCGUUGUUCCUGUCCUCAAGGGACCCAAGGUGAUUCAAAGAUAGCUUGCAUCACUUCUGUUUGCCAUUAUAACGAAGAUUGCCCGGAAGAUCAAGCUUGUGAUCGUCUCAAUCGAGUAUGUCGUCCUGUUUGUGAUUCGGACACAUGUGCAGAAACUGCAUCUUGUCGUGCGAUCAACCACCAACCAAACUGUUAUUGUGAACCUGGAACAACAGGUAUUCCAGAUAUUAAUUGCUCUCCAAUAUCAACUCAAGUGGAGUGUACAUCUGACGAUGAUUGCCCUCAGCAACUUGGAUGUAUGAAUCAUAUUUGUGAAAAUCUUUGCACAUUAUCAGACAUGUGUGCACCAGAUCAGCAAUGUAGAGUUCUUGAUACUUAUCCUUUAAGAACAAUCAUUUGUGAAUGCCCACCAGAUACUUACACAGACAUAAACAAAAGAUGUCAGAAAAUUGCAUUCAAAUUGCAGUGUCAUUCAGACGAAGAAUGUGAUGAUAAAUCUAAAUGUUCGAAUGGAAAUUGUAUUGAAGCUUGCUUGACAUCCCAAUGUGGAAUCAAUGCACAAUGUCGAUCUUUGUCACACACAGGACUUUGCUCAUGUGUACCCGGAUAUGUUGGAAAUGCUUAUGUCGAGUGCUCAUUAGAACCAAGAGGUACAAUUCCUCCAAUUCAACCAGAAUGUUAUGCAAAUGACGAAUGUUCGAAAGAUCGGCAGUGCAUUAAUUCAAAGUGCAUCAACCCUUGUGUUUCAAGUAAUAUUUGUGGUAUAAACUCUCUUUGCCAUGUUGAUAAUCAUAAUCCAGUUUGUAAGUGUCCUAUUGGUCACCUCGGAGAUCCUAGAUUCGAAUGUAUUCCUCAUACAACAGUUUUAGGUUGUAUUUCUAAUUCGGAAUGUUCUGGUACAGAGGCUUGCAUAAACAGUAAAUGCAUUAAUCCUUGUAAUUGUGGACAAAAUGCUGAGUGCUUUACAUUAAAUCAUUACCCAUCAUGCGUUUGUCAACCUGGCUAUUCCGGGAAUCCACAACUAGGGUGCACAAAAUUAGAAUGUGAAACAGAUAAUCAGUGUCUUCACGACCAAAAAUGCCAUCAAAAUUCUUGUAUAAAUCCUUGUUUCUUGGACAAUCCUUGUGCAGUUAAUGCAGAAUGUUUCGGAAAAAACCAUCAAUCGGCUUGUAAAUGUGGUGUUGGAUUUUUCGGCAAUGCAGAAGUUAAAUGCCAAAGAGCAGAAUGUUUCUCUGACACUGAUUGUCCUCAAAAUUUAGCUUGCGACAACAAUCAAUGCAUUGAUCCUUGUAUGGUAAAUUCACCUUGCGCAGCGAAUGCACUUUGCUUGGUAAGAUCACAUCAACCAACUUGUGCUUGUCCUGACGAUCUUCCUGUUGGAAAUCCAUUAUCAUAUUGUCAGAAACGACCAAUCAUCAAAGAAGAACCAGAAUGCAAGAGAGAUAUUCAGUGCCCAAGUAAACUAGCAUGCAUUAACGAAGUUUGUGUCAACCCUUGUAGCCAAAUAAGACCUUGUUCAGAAAAUUCAGAAUGUAAAGUUUUAGAUACAGUUCCUGUAAGAACUAUGGUAUGUACUUGUUUACAAGGAUGGAGAACAUCAUCUGAUAAUAUAUGUCGAUUAAUUGAAGUCGCUGGAGCUUGUUCUGAAGAUUCAGACUGUUCUGAAACUGAAGCAUGUGUUAAUCGACGCUGUAGAAAUCCAUGUAAUUGCGGAAAAAAUGCAAAUUGUUUCGUCAAAAAUCAUAAACCUAUUUGUUCUUGUUUAGAAGGUUAUCAAGGAAAUCCUGAAGUCACCUGUCACUCAGUUGAGUGUAAAAAAGAUUCAGAAUGUAUGCCAGAUAAAUCUUGUAUUAACAACAACUGUAUAAAUCCUUGUUUGAUAGAGAAUUUAUGUGGAACAAAUGCAGAAUGCUUUGUUAAGAACCAUCGAUCAGACUGUCGCUGUAAAAACGGAUUUAUGGGUAAUGCUAAAGAUAAAUGUCUUGUAAUUGGCUGUUAUAGCAAUGGAGAUUGCCCAGCAGAUCGCUCGUGCAUUAAUAGACAAUGUAUCGAUCCUUGUAUCUAUGAAAAUAAAUGUUCAAAAACAGCUGAAUGUCGAGUUCAAUCUCACAUUCCAAUCUGUAGAUGCCCAGCUGGAUUUAUUGGAAAUCCAGAUGUUGAUUGUCACCUUGAGAAUGAGCCUGAAUGUCAAUCUGACUCAGACUGUCCUAGUUCGUUGGCUUGUCUCAAUCAAAAAUGUAAAAAUCCAUGUUCCAUCAUUGAACCAUGCACUUCACCAUCUGAAUGCAGAGUUCUACCAACUAGUCCCGUCAGAACAAUGUCAUGCAUUUGUCCUAGCGGAUAUAUUUCUUCAGGAUCAGGUAUAUGUGAACCUGUUGCGUCAAUUGUUACAGUUGGAUGCCGUAAUAAUGAAGACUGUGAAGACAACAAAUCUUGCAUCAAUGGAAUUUGUAAAAAUCCAUGUUCCUGUGGAGAAAAUGCAAAUUGUGAUAUCAUCAAUCAUAAACCAGUUUGCUCGUGUCCUGUAGGAUUUGAUGGAAAUCCUGACAUCGAAUGCUUUACUAUCAAGCAAUGUAGAUCUGAUUCCCAGUGUCUUAAUACUCAUGUUUGUGUACAAAAUACUUGUGUUUCAGCUUGUUCACCAUUAUUAGCACAAUGUGCACUCGAAGCAAUUUGUUAUGGAAUUAAUCAUCAAGCUGUUUGUGAAUGCCCACUAGGAUAUACUGGUAAUCCUAAAAACUCAUGUAGGUUACUAGGAUGCCGUUCAAAUUCAGAAUGUCCAAGUAAUCGUGCUUGUAUCAAUAAUAAAUGCGAAAAUCCUUGCAGUAAAAAUCCGUGUGGUAGUGAGACUGAAUGUUUUGUUGAUAACCAUAUUGCUGAAUGUAGCUGUCCACCUGGUUUUAUGGGAAACGCUGAAACUGGUUGUUCCAGAGUUCAUGAGAAAUGCAAACAGGACUAUGAGUGUCCAUCUCAAACAGCGUGUUUCGAUGGUGAAUGUAUUAAUCCUUGUACAAAAAUUGAACCUUGUGGAAUCAAUGCAGAGUGUACUGUUUUGGAUACAAAGCCAGUCCGAACUAUGAUUUGUGAAUGUCAGCUCGGUUAUCGUGGAAAUGCUGUCAUCAAGUGUGAAAAAGAAAACAUUUGCAAUAUCGAAAAAGGACAGAUCAAAGAUCAGUUUGGACAUUGUGUUUGUCCACCAGGAUUUGGCAAAAAUGAACAAGAUGUUUGUAUACCUUGUUUACCAGAAAAAGGAAUGAUCAUUACACAAGACGGAUCAUGCAUUUGUGACCUCGAGAAAAACUUCUUCAUAAAUGAAUACGGACAAUGUGUUUGCCCAAGUGAACAUGGUUAUGAGAUUGACCGUAAUAAUUAUUGUAAACCAAAUAUUGUUAUUGAGUGUGUUCAAAAUGACGAGUGUCCCGAUGAUAAAUAUUGUGAACGAACUUCUGCAAGAUGCAGAGAUCCUUGUUUGACAAAACAAUGUGCAGCUAAUGCAAUUUGUAAUGUAACAGGCCAUGUUGCAGUGUGUAAUUUUAAGCCGCCCGAGGCAAGAACAGAUUUUCCAAAACCCGAAAUGGAAGCAAGUUGUUUAUCCGAUGGAGUUCAAGUAAUGAUUCAUGUUCAAAAUCAAGGCUUUGAUGGUGUUUUAUAUGUUAGAGGUAGGAGUAAAGAAGAACAAUGUCGAAGACUUUUGUCAAUUCCAGCUGACAAUACUGGUCGAACGGAGACUUUUAAAGUUAACUUUGGAUCUUGUGGACUAAUCCAUGUAAAUGGUGAAGCUUCUUUUGUUCUUGUCAUUCAAAAACAUCCAAAAUUAGUUACAUAUAAAGCCCAAGCAUAUCAUGUAAAAUGUUUAUAUCAAACUGGCGAACAGAAUGUAACAUUAGGCUUCAAUGUUUCGAUGCUUACUACAGCAGGAACAAUCGCCAAUACUGGUCCACCUCCAACGUGUCUUAUGAGAAUCGUUACUCAGACUGGUAAUGAAAUUCAAUCAGCUGAAAUCGGAGAUAACUUGAUGCUACAAGUUGAAGUUCAACCUAACUCAAUUUACGGAGGAUUUGCUAGAAAUUGUGUUGCAAAAACAAUGGAAGAUAAGCAAGAGAAUGAAUAUAUUGUUACUGACGAAAAUGGAUGUGCAACAGAUCCAACAAUUUUUGGAGAAUGGGAACAUGAACAAGAUUCUCAGUCUCUAAUGGCUAGCUUCAACGCAUUCAAAUUUCCAAGCAGUGACAAUAUACGAUUCCAGUGCAACAUCCGAGUCUGCUUUGGCAAAUGUCAACCUGUCAAUUGCAGAGGAUAUAACGCUUAUGGCAGAAAAAGACGUGACGUCAGUAUUGGAACGAAUGAUACAAGACUUAACUUGACUGAUGGAUAUGACGGUCAGCUCAGAGAAGAAAUUACUAUUCAAUCUAAUCUAAUUCGAACACUGGAACGACGAGAAGAAAGAUAUACAGGUGACCCUACUGAAUUCCCAGCUGCUCAACGAGCUGAAGACAUCUGUGUAUCUACGAUAGGCUUUAUUAUUUCUUUAGUCAUAACAGCUCUUCUUGCUCUUGUAGCUGUUGCUAUUGCAAUAUCAUGCUGGUUAAUGGCUUACAGACGUCAACCAAAAACUGCCGGACCACUGCCACAUCCACCAGAAUUUCCAAACCCUCUUUUCACGACUGAAUCAGUCGCUGAACCAUCUCCUGACUAUCAUUUAUCAUAAAAAAAAAAGCAUAGAUCGAAAAUAUAAUAUAAUAAUAUAAAGUAAAAAAAAAACAAAGUGAAUGAUAAAAAAAAAUACUAUUUUUUAUCUACGACAAUCUUAUUGUAUCCAAUAAAAAAUGAAAAAAAAAAGUGAACAGAAAAUUUAGAAAUUAAACUAGAUACAAUUUGUUAUCGACAGACCUAUGGUAAAAAAAAUGAUUUUUAAAAUCAUGAGAAUUAAUCGUCAAUGUUAAUUAAUAUUAGUGUAAUUAUCGUAUUUAAGGAAUGCAUUCCCGACCACCAUGUCCUCAACUGGUCGGUUGUGUAUUUCGGAACGCAUUUCCUCCAGUGACUAAUGUUUUCUUUUUCAUCAUCUUUCAUAUAAUUAUUGUGGGAAAAUGAAAUCCAUAUAUUUUAAAUCUGGCUUCUCUCAAUAUUUUCUUUUUUAUUUUUUUCAUGAAAAAAAUAAAGCAGAAGGUAGUGAGAGAUUAUGAAUAGAAUUCCAGUAUGGGAAAAAAAAAAAAUAUUCAUUUCAUUUCAUUUUCAUGGUAAGGGUCUUC